UUCGAGUGUCUUGCUUGCUUGAGUUGAAUGAAAUGAAUUGAAUGUGACAUGGCGUCGACCAAGAUAUAUCACGGAUAAUUCUUGUUUUAAUGACAGUGGCCUCUUUUAGUAUUUUAUUACUGAGGCCGUAAUAAAUCGUACAUUUGCAUUGAUGGUAAUGCAUGCAAGGAAACCGCAGCGAAUAAGCGAUGGGUACUUUGAGAAGCACCAAGCCCAUCCGUAUCAGAAAUACAAUACCAAAAGUGAUAGAAGGGCAAACGAGUAUGUACCUUCUGACAACAGAUAUACACCACUCCGAUCCCCAAAUGGCAAUGUCUCAGUACAUGGACAUGGGGCCCACACAGGCCAUGCAGGGCAUGGACACCACCACUACAGUCAUGUGGUUGAUGAAAGAGGAUAUGCAACAUCUAGAAAUACCUAUAUACAGAAAGGUUCUGAAAAGGAGAGAGAUAGAGACUAUAAAUCCUCUAGAAAUAAGUACACAGAUAGUGUCAGAUCCCCAAAGGAGAAACGUGAGAGAAUCAAAGAAAGUGAACGAGAGAGAAGUAAUCAUGAACGAAGUGAAUCAGAGAAAAAGAAUAGGACUAGUGGCAUAAACAUAAGUGUUAAUAGAAGUAGUAAAUAUGAUAAAAGAAGUGCUCCCUCAGGGAGCGUGCCUUCUGGCAGUGAAUGGUCAGAGCAUAUUAGUUCUUCAGGAAAGAAGUAUUAUUAUAACUGUAUCAGUGAAGUGUCACAGUGGGAGAAGCCCCGGGAGUGGGACUCAAGAAGGACAUCAUCCAAAGAUUCUACAUAUUCAUCCAGAAGCAAUAGAGAAAAACGAUCCAGUUCUCGAUCAGGCAGAAGAGAAGUCGAGAAACCAAAUAAAAGAACCAAUAGCGGGUCGGAAAGGUACUGGAAUAACGGCGGCAGGGAGGACGACCCACACGACCGACCUCGACCAAAACUUUCGUCGGCGCCUCACGAAGGAAAAGAUGGGCAGUCUUUACAAGACAUGGACAUAUCUCCGGACCGGAGUACGCCACUCUCCGAGAACUCGUACGGCGGGCGGGACGGCAACUCCGUGGCGCGGAACAACACGGACAGCAACGCGGUGCCGCCCGUCGUCGUGCUCGACAAUUCUAACCAACCGAGCGGCUCGUUGCUGGCGGCGGCCCUGCCUCGAAUCGUGGCGGCGCCGACGGUGUCAAUGCCGCCGGCGGCCACGGCGACCACGGCGGUGGCGCCCACGCCUACGCCGGCCAACAACGGCGGCGCCACGCCCGAGGGUAGCGGCGGCGGCUCGCCGCACCGCGACGCCGGCCCGCCCACGCCCACGCACUCGGAGAACACCGACCCGCACGCGCCGCCGCUGCAUCUCGAUACGGCGCUGCCCCGGAAAAUGGAGUGCCUGGGCAGCUACUCGUCAGUGGUGGGCGGCGCGCUGCACCACCCGCAGGCGCCCGCGCUCACGCCGUCGCUCGUCAACUACGUGCGCGCCGACCUCACGGCGCACGUCUCCGGCUGGCCCGCCGACAUUCUCGAGAAACAGGCAAAUAAAUACACUGAAGAAGCCUAUCAACUGGGGUGUCUACAGUGUACGCGCGUGUCCGCAGAGCUGAAGUGUUCGCGCUCGCUCGUACGCCACACCGAGAUACAAGCCACCUUACAAGAGCAAAAGAUCAUGUACCUGCGGCAGCAGAUCGCGCGGCUGGAGGAGUUGAAGUCGCAGAACUCGUUCAUGUCGUCGUCGGAGGACUAGGGGCGUGCGCGGGGCGCCGAGCCCGCCGCGCCCGAGUCCGCGCCCGCGCCCCGCCCCCGGCUAGCGCCCUCCGCGCCCACGUGACGUGAGGACCUUUUCAUUUACCUAUCAAUGCUAAACAUUGUUCAUUCCGUUCUCUUUCUAUGUAAUUUAGAUCGAAUGAUUACUGUUAAAUGUGUUGUGUGAUUUGGUGUUAAAAUCUAAGCAAUUGUUCUCGUGAAAAUCGGCACGAUUGGUCAAAUUGGGUUUAAACUAUUAUUUUACAAUUCUAUGACAUGUACAUGAUUAUUAUUAAUGAAUGAGAUGAAUGGUAGGUAAGUCUAUAGUACGUUGAAGUGAGUGAGCGAGCUCCCGCGCCGCGCUCCGUUCACUAAUUAGACUGACUCUUCACUUCACACUUAUUUUUAUUUAUUAUAUUUUUAAUUGCAUUGAGAAUCGUCAGGCGGCUUCUUUCUAUGUAUAUCCUAACUUAAUUUGGUUCCCACUAGUAAGAUAUAUGUGAUUUUUUUUUUGCAAUGAAUAGUACGGCCAAAGAAUUUAAAUUCAGUACCAUUUCGUACCUUGUCACAGCGACAAUAGUAUGAGGUUCCUAGCGACUUUCAUAUUGAUUGUUAUUGCAACAAUACGAAAUGGUACGGAAAUUAAAUUAUUUAACUGUACAUGCGUUACUAAGCACGGUCUUUGAAACAAGUCAUUCUUGCUUCAUUUGACGUCUAGACGAUUUGUUUAAUAAUGUUAAGUAAUGUACAUGUUCGUAAACAUAUUGCCGUAUAAGGAGUACCAAACUAUGUUAGUAUUCAGUCUCAUCAGUCCAGUUUCCUGGCGGCUCUUAAUGUCUGUUUCUAUGACUUGGCAUUUUUAUAUUUAGAUUUUGAAUACACGUAGAUAAUUCUUUGCAUGAUAACUUUUUCAGUUGGGUCACUUUUAUAAUAUUUUAUUAUUAAACGAUAAUUUCGGUCAUAUGUAAGGAUACAGUGAUUUUAUAAAGUGUUUAUUGUAAAAGAAUAAAUUAUUGAAAUAAUUGUUUCAUAGGAAAUUUAUUAUUUUUCUAAUAGUUCCGACUGUCCCCGCGAAAGUUCCUUUGACAGUGAUAAGCCUAUUUACUUACCAAAAUAUAUAUAAUAAAAAGAGUAUAAUUGAUAAAAUGUGAGCUCAGUGCUGGGGCCAGGCGCCGCGCGGAACGGAACUGUCGCGAGAACAGCGUGUUAGGUGUAGUGACCAGAGAACGGUUAUGUGAAAUGUAUGAAUUGAUCGCGGACACUGUUUAGAAGCAUGUGUGAGAUGCAACCCCGGCGUUGAUCGAGUGGACCGCGAGCUCUGUGUGUGAGGGCCCUCUGCGCUUUCUGUUUACUAUCGGCGAUAUUGUACGCAAUACGUGUUCAGUUAAGGGCUAAGCCGGUAAAUUAAUUGAAACCAAAGUUAAAUAAAGUGCACGAGCCGUUGAAUGUAAACCAAUGGAAACCGAUAAUUUCUACACAUAAUUUUUGUUCCUACUUAUAAAUUUCCUUAUGCCGUAGUUGAAAUUUUAUAAAUUACUGUAAAUAUUGAUAAAAUAAAAAGUACUUUGAAGCAGAUAAUUGUAGCACCUUCGUUUUUCAUUUACUAGACUGCUUAAGCCAGUACGCUACGAGAAAUGCAGAAACAGUUACUAGUCUCUAGUAUUAAAGUUAAUGAUUUUUCGGUCGAUGUCAUUAAAAGUUUUUAAUUGAUUAUAUUUUUUCCAAUCAUUACCAAUUAUAACAAAUACAAAACAAUUAAUAAACACAAUAGACCACAAACCAGAUAAUAGACUUAACAUUUUAACUGUACUGAAUUCAGUAUCCAUGCGAUACUUUUCUAUGGCAUUUUUAACACCCUAAUCUGGGGUAGUUCAUGAAUAUUAAAUGUUGGUAAAAAAACUCUGUCGAGGAGUUGGUGAAGGACCUGGGUUAUUGUUACGACUGAGUAUUAAGUAGUACGCAGUACUGUACUGCCCUGCAUCCAACUUGCAUUGCUUAUUCCCAUAAAGUCUUCUCCCCAUUAUUUUUAAUCUUAGGAUCUGGAUAUACUACGUACGCGUUUGGAUAUAUGUAUUGUAACUAUACGGAGUUUCCGUACUCUGGAUUAAUUUAAAAUUUUAGAAAAUCAAAUUUUAUUUUGGAGAACGUAUUAUUUGGGAAGGAUCAAUAAAAAUGAUAGCCUUGAAAAAAAGGUGACCAGCGUCCUCUUUGUAUAUGUAGGUCGAAUAAAAAUGACUCGAAAAAGCUUGGCAAGUAUUGUUUAAAGAAAUGUUAUAAUCAUGAGGUCCGAGAUGGUGAAGUGUAUGUGUAGGCAUAGAGUGCGGCCGGCGCGGCCGUCCCCAAGGUCAGGGUCCUCACCCCGCAAGCUGUGUACGCUAGCACGUAUAAAUACGAGUGUGUAUCGCCGGCGCAUUAUCAUAACUUUUAGCGAAUAUUAGAUAGACAUCGAUCGCAUGACGGACGUUAUCCACAUAGUUACAUCAAUGUUCAUUUUGACCAAUCAAAUGUAUAAACUAUGUAAAAAGCAGGUAUUUUGUAAUAAUAAUUGAUUGUAACCAGAAAUUCAUGUAGGUAUU